AUGUUAUGGUGGAUUGAGAAUGUUUGGUUUAAAAGAGAAUCUAGUAAUCCAAGAUCUCUUUUAAUACUUGACUUCUUUCAUGCACAUUUAAUAGAUCUAGUCAAACAAUGUUUGCUUAAUCAUAAUACGAAUACAGCUGUAAUUUCUGGCAGACUUACAUCUAAAUUACAACCAUUAGAUAUUAGUAUAAAUAAAAGGUUUAAAGCAAAAAUCCAUGCACUUUACAAUCGUUGGAUGACAGAAACAAUUCAUAAGUUAACUUCUUCAGGUUGUAUUAAGCAACCAUUAUAUUUACAACUUGCAUU